AUGUCGUCAAUCGGAAGCGCAGUUGCUUCGUCUUCUCGAACGCUGCUUCGCAGCAACACGCGCCAAGUUGCACGCACUGCGAUUCGAUCUUUCGCCACCACUCGUGCUGCUAGCAACACCCCGGCACCCGCUGUUGACGCCAAGAUCUCGACAAUUGUCGACCAGAUUGAAAAACUCACGCUCCUCGAAGCCGCUGACUUGGUAUCGCAUCUCAAGACGCGAUUGAACAUCACGGAAAUCGCCAUGCCUGCCGCGUCGGCAGCGCCCGCCGGUGCAGCAGCCGCCUCCGGUGCAGCAGAAGAGCCAGCGGAAGAAGCAGCAAAGCCAAAGGAAAAGUCUGUCUUCACUUUGAAGCUCACUGGCCUUAAGGACCCUACCGCUAAGGCCAAGGUGAUUAGGGAGGUCAAGGCUGCCAACUCGAAUAUGAACUUGGUUGAGGCGAAAAAGUUCGUCGAGUCUACACCCCAGGUGCUCAAGGAGGGUCUUAACAAGGAGGAUGCCGAAAAACUCAAGACGGCUAUCGAGGCCGCAGGUGGUACCGUCGAGCUCGAGUAA